AUUACUGUAGUUCAUUCUCCGACUUCCGUGUUCUUUCACUACUACCAUCAACCAACCGGCCGACGCAGGAGAACCAGAAUGUCUCAUCAAACCGGCAUCCAAGCUACCGGGGAAGUGAAAGAAAUCUUUGCGAAGGCCCGGAAUGGAGAAUAUCGGCUCAUCAAAGUAGUGAUUGAAAAUGAGAAGUUAGUUCUUGGCGGCAGUAAACGGGCUGCCAAGAAAUGGGACCAGGAAUGGGACAACUGUGUUCUCCCUCUCGUGGAGGACGACAUGCCCUCGUACCUACUCUACAGGUUGGACAGCACCAACAACCAGGGUUACGAGUGGAUCUUUCUGGCCUGGUCUCCGGAUCACUCUCCAGUUCGACAAAAGAUGUUGUAUGCUGCUACAAGGGCCACGCUGAAGAAAGAGUUUGGUGGUGGCCACAUUAAAGAGGAGAUUUUUGGCACAGUAAAGGACGACGUCUCUCUAAAUGGCUAUAAAAAGUACCUCAGCUCCCAGGCGGCGCCUCUGCCUUUGACUGCAGCAGAGGAGGAACUGAGGCAAAUCAAACUCAAUGAGUUGCAGACAGACAUCCAUGUUGACACAAAGCAGCAGACCCUUCAGGGAGUGGCGUUCCCAAUGCAGAGAGAAGCUAUUCAUGCUCUGGAGCAGUUCAGGGAGAAGAGGAUUAACUACGUUCAACUGGAAAUAGAUUUUCCUAAAGAAUCCAUUAAGUUGUCCAGCACGGCUCCCACAGAGUUGAAAGAUUUGCCUAAAAGGAUCCCAAAUGAUGCAGCUAGGUACCACUUUUUCCUCUACAAACACUCUCAUGAAGGAGACUACCUUGAGUCCACAGUGUUCAUCUAUUCAAUGCCUGGUUAUAAAUGCAGCAUCAAAGAGCGAAUGCUGUAUUCAAGCUGCAAGAAUCCUCUCAUAGACACAGUGGAGAAAAAAUUGGGCAUUGAAAUUGCCAAAAAGCUGGAAAUCGACAAUGGCGAUGAACUGACCAGUGACUUCCUGUACGAAGAGGUUCAUCCCAAGCAGCAUGCGCACAAGCAAGCUUUUGCCAAACCCAAGGGGCCAACCGGGAAGCGGGGGGGCCGUCGAAUUACACGGGCGCCAGGAGACGGCGGCGAUGAUGAUUAAACCUCUUCCUGUUCUGAAACUGACAGUGGUACAUUCCACUUAGUCUAAUGAAUCCCGUCCUCGAAGCGAAUUCCCAUUUUUACCUUGACUCAUGUAGACCACAGCCCUAUAGACUGAUCUAUGCACAAAGUAAAACACUAAGCCUGUGAAAUUACAUUUUGUAGCUUGCAAUACGAUA